AUGCCGACGCGAACACCGAAUGGGCAUUCCCUCUGGCCCAUCGAGGGGCCUGGCUGGAUUGACAAUUCGCAGGUGUACAUUCACAUACACCUUUUGGGUGGGGACCAAGUGCUCGUUUUGGGGGUUAUUAUCACUCACGUGCAAAUGAAUACAGGCCUUGAACCAAUUGAGCUCAUGCUGGCCGGACAAUUACUCUUCGAGCAGGCCCCAAUCGUGGCACCAGAGCGAGAAGACGCCAUCAUCGCUACAGGCGAUGUAGCAAUACGAGCACGACAGAUGAACAGAGUUGGUGGUCGAUUGCGUGUCCGGCCUCCUCGGCUCAGUCCAAGUGUUUAA